GUGGGAGGGGACUGGUCGGCAGCGGGGCCGCGGGGAAGCGGAGCCUGGGGACGGGUGUGUCGGCGACAGGGCUCCUGAGGGAAGGGCGUCACGAUGAACACCGUCCUGUCGCGCGCGAACUCGCUCUUCGCCUUCUCGCUGAGCGUGAUGGCGGCGCUCACCUUCGGCUGCUUCAUCACCACCGCCUUCAAAGACCGGAGCGUCCCGGUGCGGCUGCACGUCUCGCGGAUCAUGCUAAAAAAUGUAGAAGACUUCACUGGCCCUCGAGAAAGAAGCGACCUGGGAUUCAUCACGUUUGAUAUAACUGCUGAUCUAGAGAAUAUAUUUGAUUGGAAUGUUAAGCAGUUAUUUCUUUAUUUGUCAGCAGAGUAUUCAACAAAAAAUAAUGCUCUGAACCAAGUCGUCCUUUGGGACAAGAUCGUUUUGAGAGGUGAUAACCCGAAGCUGCUUUUGAAAGACAUGAAGACUAAGUAUUUUUUCUUCGAUGAUGGAAAUGGCCUCAAGGGAAACAGGAAUGUUACCUUGACGCUAUCUUGGAAUGUUGUACCAAAUGCUGGGAUUCUACCUCUUGUGACAGGAUCAGGACAUGUAUCUGUCCCAUUUCCAGAUACCUAUGAAAUAACGAAAAGUUACUAAAUUAUUGUGAAUUUGAAACAUAUUUUUAUACGUGAUAAAUUACAUCUCAUAUCUUUUCUGUAUCUUCAUUUGUUUUGGUUAUAGUUUUCUUUUUCUUUCUGUUUUGGGGUAAGAAAGACUAACAUCAAAAGACAGAGUUGAAGUGAAAGGUUCUGGGUUGCUUAAGCUUAGCUUUGCUGACAAAGUGAAGACCGCCAGAGAGGAGUCGUGUAACAAUGGGGCGGCUGCAGAGGAAGACCGUAUAAGCAGGGUUUGAAUAUUUCUUUUAUUUGCAUUGUCUUAUGUAAUAUAAAAUGAGCAUAAAGGGCUGUUAAACUCCCAGGUAUCUACAGAGUCAGAAGAUUUCUUAAUUAUUUGUUUUGUGUUCCUGCAAGUUGACAAAGAUUGUGACUUACACCUGAACACUCUCUUUUAUCUUUUAGCAUAUGUUAGAUUAUUGGGAACAUUAAUGUGUCUCUUUGAAGUCUGGUUUACAAAAGAGCACAGUGGUAAAAUUAUAUUCCAUUUGUUUUAGAAAUACCCAUAAUGCUUGUCUUCCUUAGGUUACUAGCAGCUUUCUUCAAACGAAGACCAAGAACCUCUUUGUAUGCUGUAAAAUCUUGCAAGCACAUUUUAAAGGCUCAACUCCACUAUAUGUGUGUCUUUUAGUGUUUCUAGAAUGUUCUUUGUAUAUCUUUAUAAAUUUUAAGCUUUGCUAUUGAAAGUUGAAAAUGUUUGCAUGGUUUGCCUCCUGAACUGGAUUUGUUCCACUGAACAUGCUGCUGUACUAGGCUCCAUAUUUUAACAGUUGGAAUAGUAAGAAUGCUUAUGUGCUUUCCCAUCUACAGAAUUCUCUCGUGUUUGAACGUUGUCUUGAGUAGUCCUAAUGAGUGGACUGUGCAAAUGUUAGCUCUUUGCAGGGGAAGAAACGGAAACUCAGAAAUUUACUGACUUGCACCCAAAUUGAAUAACAAGCAGUGGAGUUCUCUUAUACCUCAGUUUACACAGUAAUCCCAUUCACCUAAUUUUAUUAUAGUUUUUGUUACUUUCCAUUCCUUCUAGAAGUGAUGGAGUGUGAAACUAGUUUUCCAGUAUCCAGCAACACACACAGAUACUUUUAUCUGUUGAUUUCAUUUUUACACACAGUGAUAUUUUUGUCUGUGACUAUUCAUUUUUAUCCAAAUUAAAACUAGGUUUGUAAAAUAAUUUAGAGAUUAAAUACAUUAUAUAUAACUAACUAUAUAAUUAUAUUUGACAUGAAAUAUUUUUUUGCAACAAUCAGCACCUUCAGUUACCAGCUGCAGAUUGGCUACUCUUAAUCCAAGAACAGACACUAUAGGUACAUCCAAGCAGUAACCCAAAACGGGCUGUUUUCUAGCACUAGCAUAAAUUGGUUAGUGUUUAUUCUAAUUACCUCAUUUGAAGUGUAUCAUUGCUUGGUGAUACUCGUUUUAGCAGCUCUUGUGUGUGGUGGUACAGUUCUUACAAACGCAUGUGCAUGAGGUUUUCAAAAGGUCAAAGGUAUAGCCUGAAUUUGGCACUAGCAGUUUCAUUAAACGUUUCAGGCUGUCAGUUCCCUUGUCUAUAAAAAUGAUUCUUUACUACGAUACACAUCUGAAGUGUUUGCUGUUCAGCCAUUAAUGAACAGGAAAUCACGUUAGUCAUCUGAAGGCAGGGAGGUGAUGGAAAGAUUAUCACAUAGUUGAUAGUGGUCUGAGCUUCUGUUCCAUUUUAGACCUUUAAAGCUGAGCUUUAUACAAUGAACAUAAACUCGCUGUGUAAAAUCUGCUCGUGUCAAAGCUUAGAAUAUGUGGGUGUGUCCUAAGUAAGGAAGCCGUGAACAAGCCUGUAGAUUAAAGGCAGACCUCUGUUCCACUAGUCGUUCACUACGUUUUGUGCUGAGUGGAUCUAUUAGUCCAGCACAGACAAACUGGAACUGAAGAUUUCUAAAACUACCAUUCAUUUGAACAGCCCAGUUUUAGGAGUUUGGUAAGGAAAGCGGGGAAAGCCCAGCUUGUACAGCGUGCCAGCGGAGCUGCCCAGGAUAUUGCUGACCCAGCGCACCUCUAGCCCAGUUUCUCAGGAACUCAGUUUUGUGUUGCACAGCUUUAUUAGUUUGCACAGUCCCGAACUUACAAAGUGUGUGUGUUUGAUGAGCAUCUCUAGUCUCUAUUUCAGAGAAGUCUCAUCAGGUCUCCUAGAGACUUGGUGCUUCAGAUUUUAACAAGCCAAGGUAAUCUAUGGGUAGAGUCUGAGCCCAUUGCUGAUUCUUGGAAAAGAGGAUAAUUGCAGGAUACUUAGUAGGGUGGUUGUGGUUAGAAAUGAAUAAAAUGUAGCACUCAGCAUCUCCCCUUCAGGCUCCCCUAGAAACAGCUUCAUCUGUGCUGUAGGACCAUGCAUUGCAUUUGCUGUCCAUAUGCCGAAAGGAAAAUAGCAACACCAGAAACUGUUAAGAAUGUAAUAGGAAAAUUGGUUUGAAUGUCUUUUCUGAUAGUUCUCUUACAGUUCUUCAAUGGUCUGGCUAGUCAGGUCUUCGUGUGAGGAAAUGGACUUUAAGUAUCUAAAGCUUUGGAUGGGGGCUGGUACAGGUUAGUGGAGGUUUUGCUUUGUUAUACUUUGAAUUAACAUGUUACAGGUCUACAGAGGAGACCUUGUAGCUGUGACCUUUGAUUGUAAGCAAACAUCUGUGUAUUUCAAAAGUUUCUCUCGCUUUCAGUAGCAGGCCUGUGUACUUUACCAUGAGACCGCCAAUGGUUCAAAGAUAUAU